UUUGUUACAGUUACUGAAAACUUAGUAUAUUGCGUUACCACAUUCGUUACCAAAAAAAGUAACUGUUACAAAUAACUUUGUUACUAGUAGCCCGUUACUUCCAGUCCCAGGGUGGCCAGCCAACCGGGAAAUCGGGAAAUACGGGAAAUAGCCAGGAUUUCUUAAAAAAACCAGGAAUACCUGGAAUCAACCAGGAAUUUUUAUUAGAACCGGGAAUUUUUUUUAUGAAGUAACGAUCACAAUAACAUACGGCUGUUAAAUGAGCACGUUCACCACCCGUCGAAGCACGACAGUGUGCUCGUGUGCUAUAUUUUGUGAAAGUUAAUUUGUUCAUAUUGCAUUUAAAAACUUUUGUAGUACGUAAGAAACCGUUAACAAUUCAGACUUCCAUACUUAUUAUGUUUCUGUAUUCAAAAGCAACAGCAUUUUGGCUGAAAAUGUUGUUGUAGGAUGGUAGUAAUUUCUCGCACGGCAUGUUGGUAGCACUAGUUAUGUAUGUAUAUUUGUUUUUACUUUGCGCUCAUGUUGUUGCGUCACGGUAUCACUGAUACUUUUCUCGAGUUUUUUUUAAAAGUUUAGUUGUGCGGGACGUUGUUUUGAAUCUUUUAAUCUAACAUGUAAUUGGCGCAGACUAUCAAAAUGUCAACGAGUUCGGUCACCACAUACAAUGACAAAUGUACGGAAGAGUUUGAAUGGGUGGAGAAAGAUCCAAAGUGCGGGACGAACGCUAUUUGCAAUUUCUGUAAUGUUAAAAUCUAUAUCGGUAGCAUGGAUGGGAAGAACAGCAUUAGCCAGCCACGCAAGAGGGGCAAAACACGUGCGUUUGGUGUCAAGUAAUUUUUGUGACGUGAGAUUAUAAAUUUUUUGUUGGUGGUAGGUUUUGUUUUAAGCAAGUUGAUUGAUUUAAUUUUUAAGCCUAUAGUUAAGUUGUCUAUUGUUUAACGGCAAUAAAACAUCAUAUUGUGUGUGCUUUGUGUAACAAAAAUGCAAAUUGUAUGCAAAUAUUGAUAAAAACCACCCUUGAAAAAACCUGGAAAAAACCAGGAAUUUUAUUAUCCCAGAAGAGUGGCCACCCUGAGUCCCUGUGAAGAACACAAAACAGCUACUUGCAAUUGAUGUGAAAAAUAACUUGUCAUCUACACAAAAUGUGGACAUAGGAUUCGGUGCGAAAAAACAGUUCAGGGUGUCUACAGGUCACGGAAGUCACCAUAAGUAACUAAAAUGAAGCGCUGGUCACAGAAGUACCGAAAAAGUGGCGCAAUUGUUGUGGAAGUCACGGAUUAAUGUUUAUUUACCCGUCGUACGUAACGUUUCAAUACAAAUCGAUAGUUUGCGGGUGUAGAAAUCGACAUAUGCGCAUCGAUAGUCUCGCGGAAGCAGACGUUGAUAUCGUCUAAUCGAUAGUGCUUUCCUGUUUGCUGUUUCCUUUGUCUUCGAAACACGGAUGUUUGGAUUUGUACGUAGAUUUGUAAUGGCUGCCGACUUGUGUUGUGUAAAGUGGCGUGGAUUUUACUAAUUAUAACGUCAUGUAGUUGUAAUUCUUGUGAAUAUAAAACCGGAAAGAAAACGUUUUCGUUUGUGUGCCAGUUAACUGAGUUUAUAGUAAAAACGUUCCGUGCGUUAUUUACCAGUAAAUCGAUGUGUGCUUUUCUAAUUAAUCGCCACUGCAACGUUUUAGCACGUGGUACUAAAUAUAGAUCGGCCAAAAGGUGUUUUCUGUAAUUGGUGCAAAAUAUUUCUUGACUUUUAUGUAUCAUGUGCUAUUUAGGAACAUGGAAGAGUUUGUUGUAACAAAAAGAGUUUGUUGUAACAAAAAGUUACAGUUAAUUAUUUACUUAAGUUCUGGAAAUUCUGAUUGACACGUCUUCACGUGUUUAUGUAUUUAUAUGUGUGAAAUAUAAAAGAAAUGCCUGGAAAGUGCAGUUUCCAAGAUCAGUGGUUCAAAAUGCCUUGCGCAAUAGAAGGAAAUUGGACGUCUUGGCUUAGGCCUGUAGAAAAGUCACAAUACAAAGCUUAUUGCACUAUUUGUAGAAGCGACUUUGGUAUUUCCCAUGGUGGUGUAUACUGUGUUAAAGUUCAUGAAAAGGGGAAAAAACAUGUUCAGAAACUCCUGGAAAUCUCUAAAGGUGCUCUCCUUUGUUCCUGGAACGAGUCUAGGUGUUUUUGUCCUGGGGGCCGACACACAAGCAACAACGGACGGCCCCAGAGGACCGGGGGGUGCUUCUCGUGUCUCAGGAGGAAGGGACGACUCUCGCUCCCACUCCACUAAGCGGCGCUGGAUCCCUCCUUCAACUGUCAGACGAGAUGCACUUUCCCAAGAAAACAAGAAUGAUCUCAUUUUCCGCAAGGUUCGGGGUAUUCUCAACAAGCUUACUCCAGAGAAGUUCCAGAAGUUGAGUGAUGACUUGCUGCAGACUGAACUCAACUCCAGUGUUAUACUUAAAGGUGUAAUAUUGCUGAUCUUUGAAAAGGCACUCGAUGAGCCCAAGUACAGUUCUAUGUACGCACAGCUGUGCAAACGACUGUCGGAGGAAGCACCUAACUUCGAGCCACCGUCCAGUCCGUGCUGCACGUUCCGCCUGCUACUGUUGAACAAGUGCCGUGCUGAGUUCGAGAACCGCUCCAAGGCAACAGAGGCAUUUGAACAGCGCGAUGGCCCCUUGGCACCAGAGGAGGAGGAACGACGGCAGCUGGCGAAGCGCAAGAUGCUCGGCAAUAUCAAGUUUAUCGGAGAACUGGGGAAGCUGGAGAUCCUGGCAGAGGGCAUCCUGCAUCGCUGCAUCCAGCAGCUGCUGGACAAGAAGAAGAAAGGCUCCAGCAAGGAUACGGCGGAGGACUUGGAGUGCCUCAGUCAGAUAAUGAGGACGUGCGGCCGCAUUCUCGACUCUGAGAAGGGAAAGAAACUGAUGAACCAGUACUUUGAGCGCAUGCAGAUGCUGGCAGACAGCGUGGAGCUGCCGCUGCGUAUCCGCUUCAUGCUGCGGGACGUGAUAGAGCUGCGCCGGGACCGCUGGGUGCCGCGCAAGGCCACCAGCACGGAGGGACCCAUGCCCAUCCACCAGAUGAGGGAGGAGGAGCAGGGGCGCCGGGGGGGCUACCACCAGCACCACCAGCAGCACCAGCACCACCGCGCCGAGCUGUUCGGCCCGGGCCUCAAGAGGUCGGGUCUGGAGGACGUGCUGGGGACGCUGCCCCUGUCCGGGCCGUCCCUCGCCCCCUCCAUGCCGCCCUCGUUUGGCUCAAACGGCUACCAACCUGGGGGUUUUCGUCAGAACCGACAACAGAACUUUUACUCGGGGGGUAGCAACCGCCAGAACUUCAGUCAGAACCAUGGCAAGACCAACCACAACAUCAAUAGCUCUCAGCAACAGAACUUCACUGCCUCGAGCGGCACGGGCAAGGACCUGCCCCCGCGCUUCAAGAAGCUGGCCCACCAGGUGGGGCAGGCAGCACUGGAGGAGGAGGUCUCCCUGCGCCCCGCGGCCAACACCAUGGUGUUCAAGCAGCCGGGGGCCAAGCAGUCCUUGCUGUCGGCGGGUCGGCCGGGCAGCGUCACGCUGGGUGACCCCCUGCCCCAGCUGAAGCCCGGGCCUUCCCUUCCCCUGCUCAAGGAGCCCCCCAUCCUCAUCAAGCAGGCCUCCCUCGACAAGAACAAGGCAGGCCGCAGGGACAAGGGACCCAGCAAGGAAGAGGUGCUGCGCAAGGCAGAGGGGCUGCUGGAGGAAUACCUGAGCUCGAGCCGGCUGCAGGACGCGGUGAGCGCGUAUCGCGAGCAGAAGGUGCCGGACAAGUUUGCCCGGCCGGUGCUGCUGGCCAUGAUGAGCGCGACCCUGGACAGGAGCGAUGCGGACCGCGACCUGGCGAGCGCCCUGAUGGUGGAGCUGCGCAAGGAGGGGCUGGUAAGCCCCGCGCACUUCCUGGAGGCGUACCGCGACCUGGUGGCGCAGGCGGCGGACAAGGAGCAGGAGGUGCCGCGGGUGUACUCGCACGUGGCGGGCCUGGCGGCGGCCGCUGUGGGCAAGGAGCUGGUGUCCCUGGGGGAGGUGGCGGAGCCCACGGAGAGCGGGGCGCACUACCCGCUCUUCCUGCUCACGCUGCAGCAGCUGCACAGGCUGCUGGGGCGCGCCCCGCUCACGCAGAUGUUCCUGGACAGCAAGGUGAACCUGCUGAACCAGCUGCCCGAGGCGGACCGCACCAAGGAGCGGCUGGCGGAGAUCCUGGAGGAGCGCGGCCUCACCUUCCUGUUCCCGCUGCUGCGCAUCCAGGCGGAGCUGUGGAAGCAGCUGCUGGCCGACCCCAACCCCACCCAGUUCUACAAGUGGAUCAAGGAGAACCUGGACCCUGCGCACCACUCCGACCCCCCCUUCAUCUCCGCCCUCGUCACCGUGCUGCUCAAGUACAUCACCCAGGAGUCCACGCUGGCGGAGGGCGUGGACUGCAGCGCUGCGCCGGAGAAGGCUCUGCAGGAGAAGGAGAAGGCACUGCUGGAGCGCUACAAGCCCGUCCUGCAGGCCUUCCUGCACGAGCGCACUGACCUGCAGGUCACUGCCGUCUACAGCCUGCAGGUGUUCUGCUUUGGCCUGCACUUCCCCAAGGGCAUGCUGCUUCGCUGGUUCGUGAACCUGUACGACCUGGAGAUAGUGGAGGAAGAGGCCUUCCUCAAGUGGAAGGAAGACAUCACAGAUGACUACCCGGGCAAGGGCAAGGCUCUCUUCCAGGUGAAUCAGUGGCUGACGUGGCUGGCCGAGGCUGAGUCUGAAGAGGAGGAUGAGGAAGGUGACAUCUGACUUCAGUAUUAGUGACGGUGUAUGCAGUCGUUAGCACACUUAACACUAUGAACUGUUCAAAUGGUACCGUUAGCUGUAGUUGUCAUGUGAGUGUUGCGCAAGAUCUGUGAAGGGCCCUCUCUCCCUCUCCUUUUUAUAAACUACCCUGUAUGAUCAUGGUUUUAAUUUAUAUUUGCAUUUGCAAUGUUUGUAUUUGAGUUUUACAUGCGAAUGUUUUGAUGUUCUAAUUUUCCUUUUGUGGGGGUUAAGUUCAUGUUCUGUUCUUUGCUAUACAUGUGUGUACGAAUCAAGUUACUCAUCUAAUUUUAUAAUUUUCUAAUUGUUUUAAUAUUAUUUCUUACAUAGUUGGAGUAUUAAAAUGUUGAGUUUAUUAUUAACUUUGUGUAAUUCAUCUAGUUAAUCAUAUGAUAUGGUUUUUGAAAGCAAGUGUACGUAUCAUCUCAAAAGUAAUCAAAUAAAACUUUUUGGUGUAAUUUAUUAUA